AUGGCUGCUUCCGUCCUCGGUUUGACCAGUACACCGAACUCUUAUCGACCGUUCUCAGACGGUCGAAACGGGACCAUGCACUCUCCUGUGAUCAGUAUGGAAUCCAGUCAGAAUUUGGGCAUGAGUAUGAACCUGAUGCAUUCCAGUCUGCUUCACGGUGAUAUGGGCUCGGUUUUGUGCACCCAGAGUUUCCAUCCCAGCCUGACCAGUAGCAGUCCGAAAGAACCACGAACCUCGUUCAGUUUGACCAUACCCCCACGGUUGCGAACAAUUCAUCAAAUUGUGAUGCAGUACACUAGUCAAGUCAUUCAUGGGCGUGCUUUUGUUUUGUCAGCCCGGAGACAACACAGCUGGUCAAUAUUGGCUGGUUCGAUGAUGGUUAUCGGAGCACGCUUCCACUUUACCGGUACCCCGAAUUCAUGUCGUUUUGGUGAAGUUGGUCGCGUUAAGUAA